AUGGCGACCCCGACCCGCGCGCUCGCGCGCGUGGCGACGCCCUCGUUCGCACCCCAUCGCGCGCGGAACAACGUCCGCGGGCGACGCGCCGCCGCCGUCGCGCCGCUCGGGGCGUCGUCGUCGUCGUCGUCGUCGUCGUCCGCAGCCUCCCCGUCGCCCGUCGCCGUGCCGAGCGAGUACGUCACGCUCGCGAGAAACCUCGUCGACGCCGCGGGCGCGAUCACGACGAAGUACUUCCGCACGCCGCUCGAGAUCGACGACAAGACGGACGACAGCCCGGUGACGAUCGCGGACCGAAGCGCGGAGGCGGCGAUGCGAGCGAUGGUGAGGGCGAACUUCCCGUCGCACGCCAUCUUCGGCGAGGAGGAGGGCAUCGAGCUCGGCGACGGCGGCGAGAGCGAGUGGACGUGGGUGUUCGACCCGAUCGACGGCACGAAGAGCUUCAUCACGGGGAAGCCGCUGUGGGGGACGCUCGUCGCGCUGUUGAAAGACGGCGUCCCCGUGCUCGGGGUGCUCGAUCAGCCGGUGUUGAAGGAGCGAUGGGUCGGCGUGCAAGGGCAGGCGUCGACGUUCAACGGAGCGCCGAUCGCGGUGAGGCCGUGCGCGUCCAUAGAAGACGCGUACGUGUACUCCACGACGCCGCUGAUGUUCGAGGGGGAUAACCUUGCGCCGUACGAGCGCGUCGCGAAGGCGUGCAAGGUGCCGAUGUACGGCUGCGAUUGUUACGCGUACGGAUUACUCGCGUCCGGGCACGUCGACGCGGUGAUCGAGGCGGACUUGAAGCCGUACGAUUACAUGGCGCUCGUGCCGAUCGUGAAGGGCGCGGGCGGGGAGUUCACGGACUGGCGAGGGGAGGAGUUGAGGUGGCAAGGGAGCGCGGAGGCGCUCGCGAGCGGGGAUUUUCAAGGCGAGGUGAUCGCGACGGGGGACAAGAGGACGCACGAGAGCGCGCUCAAAGUCAUGGCGGCGUGA